AUGGCUUACGAUGUAUUCUUGAAGAUGAAGAAAGUCGAUAUAAAACCCACUUCGCAUUCCUAUACAGCAGUGAUCCAUGCUUAUGCAGUUAGUGGCUGGUAUGAGAAAGCUUAUGCUGCAUUUGAAAACAUGAUCAGAGAAGGUAUCCAACCUUCAAUAGAAACCUACACUACUUUACUAGAUGCGUUCAGACGAGAUGGUGACAAUAAGAUGGAGCUUGUCAAAGUUCUUGCUGCACUGCAACCUGUUGGUCUAUUGUUUGAGAUCUUUAACAUUUGGUUGCAGAUAAUAAUGCUUAGCACUUUAAAAAAAAACCUCUAUAGCCUGUAUUAUUUGUGUAAUUUUGCUUUGUACUUUAAAUUCUCAGCUUUCUACGUUCUUCUGUAA